AUGACGCAGAGCUUCGUGAUGAACUAUAAUAUGCAAGGGAUGGAUAAGACAAUUCCCGAGCUCUUCGCAAUGCUAAAGGCUGCAGAGGUAGAAAUCAAGAAGGAGCAUCAAGUGUUGAUGGUCAACAAGACCACCAGUUUCAAGAAAAAGGGUAAAGGGAAGAAGGGGAACUUCAAGAAGAACGGCAAGCCAGUUGCUGCUCAAGUGAAGAAGCCCAAGUCUGGACCUAAGCCUGAGACUGAGUGCUUCUACUGCAAAGGGACUGGUCACUGGAAGCGGAACUGCCCCAAGUAUUUGGCGGAUAAGAAGGGUGGCAAGGUGAACAAAGGUAUAUGUGAUAUACAUGUUAUUGAUGUGUACCUUACUAAUGCUCGCAGUAGC